GCUCAUUCGAAAGUUGCAGCUCUCCCGUACGCUUCUUCGACUGUGUUCCGGUUCCUGUUCCUCAUUGCCCUGGCAAUGGCUCAAUACGCUUUGACUCUGGCAAUGCUCAUCGCGGCCCUUUGCUCCCGCUGCGAGCUAUCCCGGACCAUGUCCCUGCCGGACGAGGAGCGAUACGUGCGCAAGGAGUACAAUCGGGAUCUCAUGGACUGGUUCAACACUGUCGGACAGCUUGCGCCCAACCAGGGGGUUCCUCUCUGCCGAUAUCCAUACAUUGCGGACAACUCCCUGUCCAUUCCCACCAGGAAGAGAAACUCGGAGAUCAUAAACUCGCUCCUGAGUCUCCCCAAGAACAUGAACGAAGCGGGGUAGUAGUUGUAAUAUGGGCCUGAUCAAAUUAUUGGAUGAACGGAUAUACGCCUGCACCUACGGACGAACGAAUGUGGACAACAUACAUAUGUUAAGCGAUCUAGUAUGUAAGAUGUCUGAGUAGUUUAUCUGUCUGUGCUUGUGUUUUAAGGGGCAGCGUUAUAAGGAUAUUUCAUACAUAUUUAAGCGGUGCAUUUUCAGAAACUUGUUGCUUGCUAUGGUCCAUACGGAACUAAGUAAUAUAAAUAAUAUAUGUGUCUACAUAUAUUCUUAAAUACGAAUAUACUCGUACUUAAAUGUGUAGAAAAUAUAAUAUAUCAAAUAUAGCUACUAUCUUUAGGUGAGCAAGAAUGGACAUAUCUUUAUUAUUAACAGAUUUUAUAUCGUGAAUUGGAGAACUCCCCCAAAUAGUGUUGCCUAUAUCCUUUAUUAAGUUGAAAAUACGAUUAUAUUCGCGUUGCUGCGUCUCCUGUGGACAGUUUUAACCUGCUUGUUGUUCACAUGCUUUGUGACAUGUUUUGUGCGCACAAUCGUCGGACUAGCUGUGGUUUUAGUGGUUGUGGUUGUCGUUGUCGUGUCCUGAGCAGAAGAGGACUGAAGCAGGCAGAGACUGGCCAGCAGGAAUACUCCCAA